CUUCGGUGGGCGGAGUGUCGGAGCUGCGAGCGAAUCCAGGCAGUAAACCGCGACCUGUUGCGCGUUCGGAGUCGCGACCGGGGCACAGUGUAGAUAUUCGGCAAUAUUUACGCAUCUUAACAGCUGGCUACGAUUCACAAAAAAGGCAAAGACAGUAAGAAUCCGAAGGACAUGUGUCACGUAGAUUAAAACAACAAGAUUAUAUCUAUGCAUAUUUCUGGCGGUCGUAUAUGGCUUCAGGAGUUUACCGACAAACUUCAGUUAUAUUUUCAGCACUUUCUUUUUUUAAUUGGCUCCUUGUCGUUUCCGAACAAGUCGCUUGUGAGCUGUUUAAACCACUCGAGUUGGGGCGCGACUGUUCCGAAUGAAUGAAUAUGCGAUUUGGUGGAAUUGCUGAUUUUUUAAAGGAUUAAUCACGCAGUUGCGCUUAAACGGCGGCUGCUCGUGUUCCGGCGGUUCAGAGCAGACUACCGUCGACAGGAGCCGAGCUGAUGCGGGGCGGCCGGUGAAAUCCGACCCGACAGGUUUCUGAUCUAAGGAACAUGCAGGCGAGCAGGAGCGCCGUCGCGUCCGCGUUUCUGUGCUGCUGUCUCCUCAGCCGGUGCGGGGCCGCGGCUUUCGACGGCUACGGAGAUGCGAUACUGGGCCCGCUGCAGUUCCCAGGUGUGUGGAACAUCAGCUCCGCCCUGCUGAGCGCAGCGUCAGGUACGCUGUACCUGGGUGCCCGCGACAUGCUGCUGUCUGUGGACGCUGCCAGUCUCAGCAGCAAGCAGGAAGCGAUAGUGUGGAAAGUUCCAGAAGAGAAGAGACAGAUCUGCAUGAACAAGGGGAAAACAGAGGCUGAUUGCCAUAACUACAUCCUUGUGCUGGAGUUUGUGGAGAAGGACAGGAUUUAUGCAUGUGGAACCUAUGCCUUUGAUCCACAGUGCGCCUUCAUCAACACAGUGGAUUUCUCUCUGCAGAGGGGGGCAGGAGGAGCCGUGAGGAUGGAGUCAGGGAAGGGAAAGUGUCCCUUUGACCCCAGACAGCGUCAUACUACUGUCAUGGCAGAUGGAGUUCUGUACAGCGCCACCACCAACAACUUCAUGGGCACAAUGCCCCUCAUCUCCCGGGCAACAGGCCCUGAGAAGGAGCGGAUUCGCACCGAGGAGUCCAGCAGCUGGCUGAGCGAGCCUGAGUUUGUUAGUGCAGCGUUGGUUCGGGAAAACGCAGCUGGAGAUGAUGAGAAGAUCUACUUCUUCUUCAGUGAAGUGGCGGAGGAGUACGACCUCUACAUGAAGGUCAAAACGGCCAGAGUGGCCCGAGUCUGCAAGGGUGAUGUCGGAGGGAUGAAGGUCUUGCAGAAGCGCUGGACCUCCUUCCUGAAGGCGGGGCUUGUGUGUGAGGAGGGGCGUGGCCAGCGCUAUAACAUCCUGACUGACCUCUACACCGUGACGCAGCCAGGAGAGCCCAGCAGCACACACUUCUACGGCCUGUUCACCUCACAGUGGGCUGGUGAGCUUGUGUCAGCAGUGUGUGUGUACAGCGUCGCUGAUAUCAGUAAGGUGAUGGAGGGACCCUUUAAACAGCCGAAGAGUUACUGUGAGCACUCAUCCAUCCUGAGUGUCCCCAAACCGCAGCCAGGACAGUGCAUCACCAGCGCCCUAAAGGAGGAGGGGUUUAAGUCCUCUCUCAGUCUGCCUGACGAUGUUCUCUCCUUCGUGAGAGACCACCCUCUGAUGGAGAACAGUGUGGUUGCAGCGCCCCUCCUGGUACAGAGGGGAAUUACAUACACCAAGCUGGCUGUCACUCUGAUGCCCCAGAGCAACGACACCAUCCUGCACCUAGGCACAGAUGGAGGAGAGCUGCACAGAGUCUCAGUGGUGGGUCAGGCUGUCACCCUUCUCCAUGAGAUCCCACUGUUUAGUGAACCUGUGACCAAGCUCCUGCUAUACCAGGACCAGCUCCUGGUUGGCUCUGCUCUGUCUCUGGCGGGGGUCCCAGCAGAGGGGUGUAGCCUGCAUCCCAGCUGCAGCAGCUGUGCCCGGGGACUGGGCUGUGCAUGGAGAGAGGGGGCCUGUGUCUCCACCUCAGAGGGGCUCUCCCUGGCUGACAGCUCUGGAGAUGCAGCUCAGUCAUGUGACUCAGAGGAAGGGAUGUGCGCCCCGCAGGUGAGGGAGCUGCAGGUGAGGGCGGGGCUGCGUGUGCUGCUGCCGUGUGCGCAGGUGUCCCCCCGGCCCUGUUUUUGGACGCACCCCCCGGACAGGCACACGCAUCAGUAUGGGGGGGACCUGGCGGUGACUGUGAGGCAGGAAACUCAGGGCUCCUACACCUGCGUGUGCAGGCAGGGGGGCGAGGCGGGUGCUCCCUGCCCCCGCGCGUCGUACCGGCUGACCCUGCAGGCCCCCAGCGCGGGUGCAAGCCGACGCCCGCUGGGUCUGUACCUGGCCUGUCUGCUGCUUGGCCUGCUGCUUGGGGCCUUUCUCAUGUGCUGCUGCCAGACGCAGCGCUCCAGUCCUGAUCACGCCUCACACGGCCACCACACAGACACGCCCCACCGCACAGACACACCCCACCGCACAGACACGCCCCACUGCACAGACACGCCCCACUGCACAGACACGCCCCAGAAUGCAGACACGCCCCAGUGCAGAGACACGCCCCAGUGCAGAGACACGCCCCAGUGCUCAGACACGCUCAGGUCCUCAGACCUGCUGGUGGAGACCAUCACUCUGACAGAGAAGCACAACAAGACCCUGAGCUGA